AUGGCAUCAAUUUGUCAAACCAAAGAAUUUCUGCUUGGAGCCUGCUCUCUCAACGUCACUUCCAUCACAUUCCAACAUUAUCACUCAAUUUAUGAUUCAAUUGAUUUUGGACUAUGUUUUCCUAACUUGGCAUCGUUCCAAGUCGUCUUACUACACCGAACCCGUGCAAAUUUCCACGUCUCCUUACGAAACUUGAACUUUUUGAAAGUGUUAUCCCUUGUAAACGUGGAUUUCGAAUUUUGGCUUCACCCAUCUCCUUUCGUGAAUACUAUAAACUACAUUCAUAUUGAGAACUCGUCGAUAACAGAGCUACCGAAAUGGAUUUCCAAUAGCAAGACUUUGUCGACCGUCUAUUUGAAAGGCACCUCCAUCACCUCCCUCUCGCCGAUCGCUCAACUCCCCGCUGUAAAAAGUCUGAAACUAUCCCAUAAUCUAAUUGAAAAUCUCCACAGACUUUUGUUUGUUUCUCCGUUCUUGAUUCAUGUGGAUUUGAGUUAUAAUAGGAUAACCUCAUUUGCCUCACAUACAUUCAGUAAAUGUGUGGAUCUUCGAGUACUGGAUCUGACUGGAAAUCCAAUUAAAAUGUUGCCUUAUAAGCCAUUUGCAAAGAAUAUUCGAUUGAAAUGGCUGAAAUUGAGUAGAACUAAUAUUACGACUCUCUCCCCAGAUCACUUCUACGGUUUGGGUGCACUCAAAACUCUGUCACUUUCCCGAAUGCCGAUUCAAACGAUAUCUCCGUACUCAUUCGUCCCUCUGAAAUCUCUUCGAUAUCUCGAUAUGGACUCUUGUAAUCUCACAAGACUCCCUCAAGCAGUCACAGCGAAUUGUCAUUUGGCUCGAUUGAAUGUUGCCAAUAAUAUGCUACAUAGAAGUUCUUCAAUGCCUCCAGAAGUUAUGGCCAUGUUGAGUGGAUUGUCACAGUUGAGAAUCGAUGGGAACCCGUUGACGGAAUUCCCCGCCUCUUUCCUUCUAAUUUCACGUGAAAACAUCCGUCUACUCCGCCAUCUUCUUCACUCAACAAUGACCCUUCCGGUAUGGCUCCGCGAGCCGUGCACACCGUAUUAUUGGUCGAUUCAUUUGGCUAACAGAACAAACAAUUUGAAAUCAUUUGUCAAUCAGUAUGACGAGAAGAGAAUGUUGAAAAAUGGUCUGGGUUAUUGCAAAGAGCAAUAUGACUGGAUGAUGGAGCAGAUGGAGGUUUAUAGAGAGUUGGAGAAGAAUUCUGGUUGCUACUCCCUUCGACGUCUUCGCUCCUCAAUCACUUCUUCCCCGACUUUUGCUCCAAAACUCCCUAAAAAUGUCACAAAUUCUUUAUUUUUCUCAAUAGACCACGACCCAUCCUCCCCCGCUUUUCACAUUCCAAUCCUUCUUCUAAUCUCUCUUUGUGCCAACUUCCUUCUGCUUUUCUCAAUGCUCAUGUGCUCAAUAAUGGCUUGUCGGAUGGAGAAAAAUGUGGAGAAUGUUUAA